GGAGGCGCGCGGGCAGCGGGCAGAGCCGCAGCGAGGCGGCUCCAGCCGGGCGGAGAAGCGACAGCCGGCUGCAGCGGGGCGGGAGAGCGCGGUGCGGGGGCGCAGGUGGGCAAGCCCCCGAGUCCCGCGCCGCAGAGCCGCCGAGGGCGCAGCGCGCGCCGCAGCCUCCCGCGUUGCGGGGACCUCGGGCGCCCAUGACGGCGGCGGCCACCGUGCUCAAGGAGGGCGUGCUGGAGAAGCGCAGCGGCGGGCUGCUGCAGCUGUGGAAGCGCAAGCGCUGCGUGCUCACCGAGCGCGGGCUGCAGCUCUUCGAGGCCAAGGGCACUGGCGGCCGGCCCAAGGAGCUCAGCUUCGCACGCAUCAAGGCGGUGGAGUGCGUGGAGAGCACCGGGCGCCACAUCUACUUCACGCUGGUGACCGAGGGCGGCGGCGAGAUUGACUUCCGCUGCCCCCUCGAAGAUCCCGGCUGGAACGCCCAGAUCACUCUGGGCCUGGUCAAGUUCAAGAACCAGCAGGCCAUCCAGACCGUGCGCGCCCGGCAGAGCCUCGGGACCGGGACGCUCGUGUCCUGAAGCUCCGGGCUGACCCUCUCACCUUCCUGCACCCCACCUCCGCCCUUCCCCGGGGCAUGCCAGCUUUCCUGCCCCCUUUGGCUCGUGGGGGUGUGCAGAAGCCAUGGACAGGUGGAGCAGGCGUUGGAGCUGAAGGAGCGGCGGGGGCCCAGGGGGGAGAGCAGCAGGCCCCGCGGGCCUCAGGAUGAAGAUUCAGCCCCUGGACUCUUGGAGGACACACCCAGGGCGGGGGUCUUCUCGCCGCAGGCCAGCCUCACACACCAUGCUGGAGAGCCGGCCUCAGGCCCCCCUCCACGCUGCACUCCUGCCGCCUGGUCUGCUUUGUGCUGUGCCAGGAAGAGAGCAGUCCCCCGUGGAGUGCGAAGCCAAAGCCUCCGGACUGUGGAGCCAGCUUGGUACCAGAGGAGGAACCGCCCCGGGCCAGCCUCUGGACUCAGCUUGAGGAUGGGCGGAGCUGCUGGACCUGGGGCCCACCCCUGGGGGUCUUCUGCUGCUUAGGUCCUUUGGGACCCCCCACCCAUUUGGGCCCUCUCUUUGCACAAUUCUGCCCCCACCUCUACCCAUCUUCUCCCCACUGCGGUGCUGGGCCUGGAGGUGGCGGGAGCGGGGUGGGGGUUCGGCCAUUACCAUUUCACGCCUAUCUCAAAAUGAAGAUGCCCGGCAAAGGGCGGUAACCAC